UCGUAUGGCUCGGUUUUGCCCCUCGCUCAGUCGCACCUUCACGAUCGCCGUAUCUCGCCGGCAAGGUCAAGCUGGUCCCCAGGUGUGCGGCUCUCCGUUACGGUGUGUGCGUUUGGCGCGGACACGAAACAGUACGGAUGUGAUCGCAGUUCGCGCGCAGACGUAAAUAAAAACAGUGCUCGGCCACAGCAAUGGCCCGGCCCGGGAUGGUAGUCCCGCUGCGUUCGCUACACCCAACCUGCCUAAUGUAUGCAUUGCUAAUACUGGCGGCGUCAAUGUGCACGGCCGGUGCCACAAAGCAAGGGCCCCCUCCAAGAGAUGCCACUCUGCAUGACUUCGACUGGAAGCUGGUUCGGGAAGUGUUCCGACACGAGGACUCCAAUGUGGUGUUUUCACCGUUUUCACUCAAACUGCUGAUGACGCUGCUGUACGAAGCCAGCGAAGUGGGCUCGCAAACACGCCACGAGCUCGAGGCCGUUCUGGGUGAGCGGAAUCUAAACCAAACGCGUGACUUCUACGGCCAAUUUCUGGAAGCAUCCACGAAAACGAACGGGGAUUACGAUUUCGAUAUCGGCACCCGGGUGUUUCUGGACAAAUCACACGGAAAGCUUAACCCACAGUACAGGGAGCGGCUCGAGCGUACGUACCGUACCUCGCUCGAGUGGCUGUCGUUCAACGAGACACGGGCGGCGGCCGAUCGGAUUAAUCAGUGGUGCGAGAAGGUGACACAGGGACACAUCCGUGACCUGGUAAAAGAAGAUACCAUCCACGGGUCAAUGCUUAUCUUGGCGAACGUACUGUUUUUGAAGGCAUCCUGGAAGAACUCGUUCCUUGACGAGCAUACGCACGACCGGGAGUUCCACAUCGGGCCCAACGCCAGUGUCGCGGUACAGUUUAUGCACCAGACAGACCUGUACGACUAUACCGACCACACGGAAUUGGGUGCGCAAGUGCUGCGGCUCCCGUACAAGGGCCGUCAGUUUAGCAUGAAUAUGGUGCUGCCCCACCCGAACGUUACCUUGGCAACCGUUGCCGCCAGCCUGUCAUCCAAAAUGCUCGACUCUGUCGCCAAGCGAUUCGUGCGGGAAGAGGUGACUGUAAUUAUACCAAAAUUCAAGUUCAACUUUGGCACACUCAUGAACGAGGCGAUGCAAAGCCUCGGAAUUCGCGAAAUUUUCUCACGCAACGCUUCGCUGCCGAUGCUUUCUUCGUUCAGUAACUCCUCGAAAACUGGCGAUCUGGAGGUAUCGAAGAUUUUGCAGAAAGUAGGCAUUGAAAUCAACGAAAAGGGAACGCUUGCCUUCGCCGCCACAGAAAUUCAACUGGUCAAUAAAUUCGGCUACGAUGGCGAUCCGUUCAUCUUCGAAGCGAACCGACCGUUCGUGUUCUACAUUCUCGACGAGGAAACCAGCACAAUCCUGUUCGUGGGACAGGUGCUGGAUCCGUCUCAAAGAACGACCACAUAGCGAGGGUUCGCGGAGGAGUAUGCGGCGCGGAGGAGAGUCUUGCCUGUACUAGCUUUAAGAUAACCAAUCCAUUCCACGGCCUCGCAAUGCUCAUAAGAAAGGCAGUUUGGGUGAAAUUUAGCAAGCUGAGGUUAGCAUUUACCUUGGAAUAAUAUCUGUAAGUCAUCGACCGGGAACACUGCGUCCCAACCAACCACUUAGCAACAAUCAAGUCAGCAUGCGUCAGGGUUGACGCUUAGAGUUGGGUUGUUAAAACCAUUAGCAGCCAGCUCGCAUUGCCGAGGAACAAACGACUGACACGAAUUGGGACAGCGCCCGGAAUUAUGCCACUCGCGAGUUAGUAAUCGACAAUCGUUGCGUUCCUUUAGUGACUAAGUUUAAUAGGGAACAAAAUAAACGAAAGCAUCUUUGUUGCAAAGUACUCAUGGACUUUCCAACCAGUUUCGUAGGAAGUGAGCUGGGGAUUUUCAGUUUUUCUGUCAGCUUAUCAAUCAGUACGAUAAGGUAUUGACGACUACCACUGCGAAGUUUCUAGGAGUGAACAGGAUCAGGGCGUGUAAAUGUUAUUUUUAAAAAAUAGUUUGCAUCCAGUGAACAGUAUGGUCGUUCAUAGGAGUAGAUUUUACAUGACUGACAUUCCAAAACCGGACCAAAAGAUUAUUUCGCUAUUGGUCUGACAACUCUGAUCAAUUCUAUUCAGAUGCCAAACUAUACAGAAACUGAGACAAACUUGUUGCGCCAGCUGUGCCACGUUAAGGACGAUGUUUAUGCAGUUACUUAUCGGCCAUAGAGUGUCAUUGCUCAGACUUAACCGUUCAAAUAAAGGCAAUUGUCGUUACCGGCCAUGUUUUGGUUCGUUUUGGACGGCGGUUCGACUCUUGAUUAUCAACA